UGAGGUGCGUGGUGUUACGUGUCAGUUUUGAAGAGAGAGUACUGAAACGUAGCUUUAUCACAGUGCUGAGUAUCUUGCUCAAGAUUAUCUCUAUCAGUUGAACUUUCAAAAUCGCACGGAGUUUAAUCGAUGAGAGAGAAAAGGACUUCGUCUUCCAUUAAAACCCUUUCUAUGCACGCGCUUAAAGAGGGAAACUUUCGCACGUUCUUAGCCCGGACUUUGUACGGUUAAAACCCAGCACCUUUCGCCCCAAUACCCACUGCAAGAGUCCAGGUGUAGCUGCCUGUUGCUCUAACCCCCUUAUAUUCUCCCCUAUCCCUCCUCCUUUUUCAACUAACCCGAAUGGGCUCACUUUCCGAUCCGGUUUGCCCGAUUCCAAAACCCUUUAUGAAUCGGGGUCUUUGAUUAUUCACCGGAGAGAUUUUAAUGCAGUGAUUGCUUGGUGCUUUGGCUACGGAGAUGGAUAAUGCAGUGAAUUACACGUAUAAGGGGAAGAGCUUUAAUGAUUUGAGUAUCAACGAUAAUUCUUCACCUUUCAGUGAUUGUAACAGCGAUAGAUCCGGGGAGUUCCCAUCGACAUCGUCUCAGAGUCGGCCGUUAUUACUCGCCUGUGCUAAUUCUGAGAAUUCCGAUGAAUUGAUACAGCAACUCGUAUCGGACCUCGAUUCCUGUUCGAUUGACGAGCAAAAGCAUGCGGCUUUGGAGCUUAGACUAUUGGCGAAGAACAAACCGGAGAAUCGAAUCAAGAUCGCUAAAGCCGGCGCGAUUAAGCCGUUGAUUUCAUUAAUCUCAUCCUCUGAUCCUGAUCUUCAAGAAAACGGCGUGACGGCGAUUUUGAAUCUCUCUUUAUGCGAUGAGAACAAAGAACUUAUAGCGUCAUCGGGAGCGAUUAAGCCACUGGUUAGAACUUUGAGAACGGGAACUUCAACGGCUAAAGAAAACGCGGCUUGUGCUUUGCUUCGGCUUUCUCAGAUAGAAGAAAACAAGGUGGCGAUCGGACGGUCAGGAGCGAUUCCACUUUUAGUUAAACUUCUCGAGAAGGGAGGAUUUCGCGGGAAAAAAGACUCAUCAACGGCUCUGUAUUCUUUAUGUACGGUUAGAGAGAACAAGAUCAAGGCCGUUGAAGCGGGGAUCAUGAAACCACUAGUGGAAUUAAUGGCCGACUUCGGGUCAAACAUGGUUGAUAAGUCAGCUUUCGUUUUGAGCGUGUUGGUAUCAUUACCGCAAGCCAAAACGGCAUUAGUUGAAGAAGGAGGGAUUCCCGUUUUGGUGGAAAUCGUUGAAGUUGGAUCACAAAGGCAAAAGGAAAUCGCCAUAGCGAUCUUGUUACAGAUUUGCGAAGAUAAUCUGGCGUACCGUACUAUGUUGACUCGGGAAGGAGUGAUUCCUCCCCUAGAGGCUCUGUCUCAGUCAGGCACUAAUCGCGCCAAGCUAAAGGCGGAGACACUGUUAGAGCUUCUGCGGCAACCAAGAUUCGCCGAUGCCGCUGCCAGGCCCUCAGAUGUGUCAGCAUAGAACUGUCCCUCCCCCAUCGCGAUUGUAAUAAGAAAUAGAUUUUAAAAAAAAAAAAUGUAAAUAUCUUAUGUAAAAUCGAUCUUGUGACAGAGUGAUGUCAGCCUUGAGUUGCUUGAUUUUCGGUUUUGGUUUGCCCUUUUGACGUUUUUAUAAAGAAUAUAUAUAUAAAUGCAUACUUUGUCUUUGUUCUUUUAUAUUUUCAUAAUUACGGGUUUAGGAAUGAUUAAAGUGGAAUAAACAAAUGUAAUGAAUGCUUUAAUUAUAUUUGAAGAAAUUCCACGGAGAACUCGUGCUUCAGGAAGAAACAAAAAGGUACCCCCUUUCAUCACUGCCGUUUAUUUUUUACGAGUUAAACAAUCUAACUAUCUUAUCAUCUGCCACCUGUCAGAAUUUCGCUACCACCAUAGGUUCCUUACUUUUGCGUACUGUUCCAAUGGUUCAAUGUUG